GUGAUGCAAAGGCCGAGUUAUUUAUAGAAUACUUUGUAGCAGGUAUAGGUUGGCAAGAUAUAUAAAUGUAAUGUCUGCAAUUGCACUUUAUAAGCAUUAUAUAGAUAGAAUUCAGUGUGAUUGGACCGGAUUAGGAUCAUAAUGUGUCAUAUUUAUUAAUGGACAUAAAGUAGCCCCUUGGUAUUGUUAUAAUAAUGUAAAUAAUUGAAUCUUAAAUAGUGAUUGUACUGUCACUGCACUUACUCUGUUCAGUGUAUAAAAAGUAUAUACAAUAAUUACGUUUCGAGUUUGCAAAAUAUUCUCACAUUUAAAUGUGAUUCGUUUUCUGACUAUUCGCUUGUCGUCAUUUUAUUAAUCUUCAAGAUAUUUGCAAAAUAUCCAUAGUUAUGUCAAAACCUGAUGCACCUAAGUUUGUGACAGCACUCUUUUCCUUUAAGGGAAAGAAUAACGAUGAAUUGUGCUUUAAGAAAGGUGAUAUAAUAACGAUAACUCAAACGGACGAUGAAGGUUGGUGGGAGGGUACGUUGCACGAUAAAACUGGAUGGUUUCCAUCCAACUACGUCAAAGAGCAUAGAGUACCAGACAAUGGACUUUCUUCCGUUAAAGUACCCUCGGAGAAAGGUCUACCAGAAUCACCAGUUCAUCAGAAACUUAAUCGCGAUAUAGUAAUAAAAGACAUCGUGGAUUCCGAAAGAAUUAACGUAGCGGAAUUGCAAGGCUUAGUUACUAAUUUUUUGCAACCUUUAGAAUCAUCAAAUAUAUUAAAAAAAGAAGAGUACAAACAGUUAUUAGGUAAUAUACAUGAAGUUUUGGAAAUGCAUCAACGUCUUCUUACAAAUUUGGAAGCUACCAUUCUACAAGGUAUAGCUGGUAGAAUAGGAAAUUUGUUUUUAACGCUUGCUCCAAGAUUAAAAUCUAUUCAUACCGCAUAUUGUAACAAUCAUCCGCAAGCGGUCUGCAUUCUGGAUAGAUACAGAGACGAAUUGAAUGAAUUUAUGGAAGAUAGCGGUGCGAUCUCUCCAGGAAUAUUAGUUUUAACGACUGGUCUUAGUAAACCAUUUAGAAGAUUAGACAAGUAUUCCGCCAUGCUACAAGAAUUAGAAAGGUAUACAGAAAAAAAUCAUCCUGAUAGAGGAGACACUCAACGAAGUAUAGCGGUUUAUAGAGAAAUAGCGGAUUCUUGUUCUUCGAUACGUAAACAGCGUGAAUUAGCACUACAGGUAUUAACUAGUGGCAUUAAAGGUUGGGAAGGAGAAGAAUUAAGUUCUCUCGGUGAAAUCCUUCACGUUGGAUCUGUGACUCUGGCGACAGGAGUCGAUAGAAGGGACAGAUAUUUCGUCCUCUUUCCCUCUACGUUGUUAGUAUUGAGUACCAGUCCAAGAAUGAGUUCUUUCAUUUAUGAGGGAAAGCUUCCGCUGACAGGCAUUAAUGUUACGGCAACAGAGGAUACCGAUGAGAUAAGGAAUGCUUUUGAAAUAACGGGACCAAUGAUUGAAAAUAUAACAGUAUUGUGUGCAAGUAAAGAAGAGAGGCAACGUUGGAUUGAGCUUCUAGUCCAAGAGCAGGGUACCAAUGUGUUGAAAUCACCAACGAUGCCUCGAGUGAGUUAUAAUCAUCCUCCGUAUACGCGGCUCUCGAGAUACUUUGCAAAGCUCGUGAGGAAAAAGAUUAUAGAAGUCGAAUUAAUGAAAAAGCUGCUUUAUAUACAAUAUGUCCUAAAGCCGGAUUUAAGUAACGUAAAGAUGCGCAGAUGUAACGUAACAUAUACUAUUUUUCCUAACAAAAGUAGCGAAUGUAUCUCCGAUUGUGAAACUAUUAUCGAUAAUGAAAAUACUCAAGAUCCGCCAAAAAUACUUCGUAAAUCUACUUUAACGCUCGAUGUCAGAUACGAGGUUGGGAAUACAGAUCUCCGUACCUUUGGUGUAGAAAGUAAUUCUCUCACGAACUUCGCAUCGAGGGCCGCUUACGGGGAUCGUUCUACGUUUGAAACCAGCAAGAGUUUACCAGCUGGUCGUACAACGAGCCACGUCCUGCCAAAUAUAUUACUUUCUACAAGUAAUUCUGCAGUGCCAAUUUUACUACCGCGAACGCACGAUCAUUAUCGAGAAAAUUUAGAUAUACCACGCGAACAUAUGCCUUGUGGCGGUACGAUAAAAUGUUGGGACGUUGUCGAGCUUUAUCCGAAAAUACCAGACAUCUCAAAACUCACUGUUCAAGAUCCUGUAACACGCGUAAACAAAGCCGAUAAUGGAAAUCUAAGAAACGAUCAACACUUAUGUCCUACUACCAGUUUGCAUUCGUCAGAUUCUGGAAUGGCUGAAAGUUAUCACUUAAACUCGACAGAGCUUAGUUCCUGUUACAAGUCUCAAAGAUGCAGUCAUAGUAAAUACAUAGAUCCAGUAAGAACAUCUCACAGUGAAAGCGAAAUCGAUGAAAAUAAGUUUGAACAUCAAUGCAUUUGUACUUCCCCGUUUGGUUCUACGCCGAGAGAUAGCGAACGUUCAUUCCCCUCGUCAGAAAAUAUUAAUAAGAUGUCGCAUUUGGUUAAGCCUUCUUCCAGCUAUAUUAAAAAAGAUGUAAAAGAUGCAUUUGACGAUGCGAAGGAAGAAACGGAGAAGAACAUUGUAGUUCUGACGACAAGAGAUUAUGAAAAUAUUAAGCAGAAAAGGUUUACAGAACCAAUUCCACAUUUACAUCAAAGUAAUGCUAAAAGAAGGGGAAAACGAACGGUCCGUCCGGUACAACCAACUAUCGAAGAACAACCUGAACAAACGGGUCAAGUUUAUAGAUCUGGAUUAUAUGCUCAUUGGUGGCUCAAGAAAACAAUUCCAUUGUCAGGAUGCACAGAACGAGAUGAACAGUCAAAUGAACGGGAAACGCCAGCGGUCGGCAGCGGAUCAUUGUUUAUCUCCAGGGAUUAAGACUCCUUGGAGUAUCGCUUCGUUACGUCCAGCCCCACCUUUAUAUACACUCAAGACAUUUGAUGAACGUCAAUUUGAAGAAGAUGCAAUUAUUCUAAAAAUAAUAGAAAGUUACUGUCUUUCUGUCAAUAGUAGAUUUACCAUGAAUUCCAACGAAUCUAAUU